AUGUUGUUCAACAUUCUUACCUUGAUAUCCGCAGUACAGCUCGUGUCUGCCAUUCCUUUACCGCUUAUGGUGACCCGUAUGCAUACUGCACCUACCGUCACAGUCACAGAUACAAGAACUACAGCCACUGCUACUGUGUACCUUCCACCAGUUGAAGUACUUAUUUCUGAUGGCGUCACUUAUACCUUCACUUUAAAUGACCAACCCGCUGCACAACCAACAACUUUUACUAGCAUUAUUGAAAAGGAUCAGAAUAUUGCAACUAAAGACCCAGUUCCUGAAAAUACUGAUACUGCUCCAGCCCCAGCGGAAACUCCUGCAGCUCCUGCAACUCCUGCAACCCCAGCAGCUCCAGCUACUCCUGCCACCCCAGCAACUCCAGCAACUCCAGCAACUCCUGCUACUCCUGCCACCCCAGCAACUGCCGCCACUCCUGCAACAGAUGCAGCUGCUCCAACCACACCUACCACUUUGCAAUCUCCUACAACUACUUCAUUAGCUACAACUCCACCUCAAAAUUCUCCACCAGCACCAGCUACCACUGAACAGCCAGCUACCACUGAACAACCUGCUACCACUGAACAACCUGCUACCACUGAACAACCUGCUACCACUGAACAACCUGCUACCACUGAACAACCUGCUACCACUGAACAACCUGCUACCACUGAACAACCUGCUACCACUGAACAACCAACCACCACUACUCAAGCUACUACUUCUCAAACCUCAACUUCUAAGCCGGUUACUACUGGUUCCCAACUUUCUCCCCCACUGUACAUUGUCUAUUCUCCAUAUCAAGACUCUGGUGCAUGUAAGGAUGCAAACACAAUUUCUGCUGACCUUGAAUAUAUUAAGAGCAAGGGUAUCAACAAGUUGAGAAUCUACGGUACUGAUUGUGGAAACUGGGACACUGUUUUACCAACUGCAAAGCUGUUGGGUAUGACCGUUAACCAAGGUUUCUGGAUCGGUCCAUCUGGUGCUUCUUCUAUUUCUGCCGGAGUUAGUGAACUUCUUGAUUACGGACAAGCUAACGGUUGGGAUAUUUUUGAAUUUAUCACUGUUGGUAAUGAAGCCAUAAAUGAAGGUUAUCUUACUGUCGAUCAAUUAAUAACUGAAAUUCAAUCCAUUAAAAGUCAAUUAAAAUCUGCUGGCUAUAAUGGUAAGGUUACAACUUCUGAGCCUCCAAUUUCUUUUAUUAACCACCCUAAAUUAUGUACUGCUUCAGGAAUUGAUUUUGUUGGCAUUAAUCCACAUUCCUACUUUAACACUGGAAUUUCUCCAUCUGGUGCUGGUGACUAUGUCAUGAGUCAAAAGCAAGACGUUGUUGACGCUUGUAAUGGAAUGAAUGUUUUCAUAACUGAAACUGGAUAUCCAUCCCAAGGAAACACAAAUGGGUUAAACGUACCAAAUCCUCAAAAUCAACAAAUUGCUAUUUCUUCUAUAAUGUCCGCUACUGGUGGUGAUGUUACCAUUUUGACCACCUACAAUGACUUCUGGAAAGAACCAGGUCCAUAUAACAUUGAACAAUAUUUCGGUGCCAUUUCCCUUUUCAAUUAA